AUGGCACUGGUGUACAAAAGAAAGAAGACUUUGAAUAAAGAUUGCAUUCUUCCCUUUAAGCUUCAUCUCCUCUUCCUCUAUCUUCUCUCCUCUAGUGCAUAUGAUUCUGUACUAUUUCUUCGGCGAUCUAAGGCUGGUAUUGUUCUUCUCUUGCUAUAUAUAUAUGAUAUGGUUAUUAAUGGAAGUGAUGUCUCAGGGAUUCAUAUACUUCAGCAGUUUCUUGGACAGCAGUUUGAGAUGAAGGAUUUAGGAUCCGUUAGCGACUUUCUUGAUCUUGAGGUGACAUCCAGCUCAGAUGGCUACUAUCUUUUCCAAGCUAAGUAUGCCUCUGAGCUACUGUCUCAUAUUGGGUUGACAGAUAGCAAGACUGUGGAUAGUCCUCUGGAAGUGAAUAUUAAGCUUCUUCCCACUCAUGAUGAACCAUUGAAAGAUGCGACUCUGUAUCGGCAGUUGGUUGGUAGUCUCAUUUAUCUGAUUGUUACACGUCCUGAUAUCUCUUAUGCAGUCAUCCUGAUUAGUCAAUUUAUGCAUGCACCAUGA